CUCCCUCGCGAGCGGCGCCGGGCGGGCGGCGAUGGACGGGCAGCCCCCGGCGGGCCCCGCCGCGCCGCGCUGGAGGCGGCGAGCGACCCCUCGCCCGCAGCCCCUCGCCUGGAGCAAGCCGCGGCCGCAGUCGUACCAGAGCCCCAGCGGAGUGCUCGUCACCGACUUCCCCGUGGAGGACAGGUGCGCCUUCUCCGUGACUCAGCCCGCCGGCACCGGCAGCCCCCCGCCCGGCAGCCCCGCCAUGGGAUCGGUGUCCAACGGGACUGUGCGGCCGCCGGGCUCCUCCGCGUUAUCCCCGGAGGGGCGGUCCCGGGUGCUCCCGCUGGCUCCGGACAGCCCCGUCGGUUCGACCGCCAACGGCACCAUCUCCCCGCCGGGCAGCGGGCAGGGCCGCCGGCCGCCCAGGACCGCGGGGCUGCCCGCGCUGACCCCGCAGCAGGAACGGAUCGUGUUCGGAGCCAGCGCUCAGCCCGCGCCGUGCCCCCGGGCUGCCGAGCCCCCGGAGGUGCCGGGGGGAUCCCCCGCGCCGUGCCCGGAGCCCCCCGGGAGCGGCCGGGCCGCCGGGCCGCCGGCGGUGCCGUGCGCGGAGCCCCCCGCGCUGCUGAGCACGCACAGCCCCGCGGCGCGCAGGGUGGGCUCGCAGCAGCUCAUCCCGCGCAGCCUGGCCGAGAGCCGGCCCGCGGGCCGGGCCCAGGGCCACGAGCGGGGGCUCAAGGUGCGCAGCCUGGUGGAGGCCCCCCGGCUGCCCCUGGGCAGCGACCCCGAGGACGAGCCCGAGGGCAGCCCGGGCAGCCCGGGCGCGCUGCGGCGCGGACUGCGCUCCACGUCCUACCGCCGGGCCGUGGUGAGCGGCGUGGACCUGGACGGCUCCGCCAACUGCAAGAAGAAAAACAGAAUGUCCCAGCCCAUCCUGAAAGCGGUGGUUGAAGAUAAAGAGAAGUUCUCGAGCCUGGGGAGGAUAAAGAAGAUGCUGAAAGGACAAGGGACAUUCGAUGGGGAAGAAAAUGCUGUAUUAUAUCAGAACUAUAAGGAAAAAGCUCUGGACAUAGAUUCUGAUGAAGAGUCUGAGCCCCAAGAGCAGAAGUUGGAUGACAAGGUUGUUUUUCACUAUAAGCCCCUGAGGUCAACGUGGAGCCAGCUCUCUGUGGUGAAGAAGAAUGGAUUGUCAGAAGCGAUCAGCCAGGAGGAAAGGAAAAGACAGGAGGCAAUAUUUGAGGUGAUAUCUUCUGAGCACUCCUAUUUGCUGAGCCUGGAGAUUCUGAUCCGGAUGUUUAAAAAUUCCAGGGAACUGAGCCUCACAAUGACCAAAACAGAGAGCCACCACCUCUUCUCCAACAUCACGGAUGUUUAUGAAGCAAGCAAAAAGUUCUUUGAAGAACUUGAGGCAAGGCACCAGAACAACAUUUUCAUUGAUGACAUCAGCGACAUCGUGGCGAGACACGCGGGCUCCACCUUCGACCCCUAUGUGAAGUACUGCACCAACGAGGUGUACCAGCAGAGAACCCUGCAGAGGCUGCUAGCCACAAAUCCAGCGUUUAAGGAGGUGUUGUCCCGGAUCGAGUCCCACGAGGAUUGCCGGAAUUUGCCCAUGAUCUCCUUCCUCAUCCUCCCCAUGCAGAGAGUCACUCGUCUCCCCUUACUGAUGGAUACUAUUUGCCAGAAAACCCCCAAGGAUUCAACAAAAUACGAGAAUUGCAAGCAGGCUCUGAAAGAAGUCAGCAAGCUCGUGCGCCUGUGCAAUGAGGGCGCCCGCAAGAUGGAGAGGACGGAGAUGAUGUACACCAUUAACUCCCAGCUGGAAUUCAAAAUCAAGCCAUUUCCAUUGGUUUCCUCUUCACGGUGGUUGGUGAAAAGGGGCGAAUUAACAGCAUAUGUAGAAGACACUGGACUUUUUUCCAAAAGAACCUCUAAGCAGCAGGUGUACUUCUUCCUCUUCAACGACGUCCUCAUCAUCACUAAGAAGAAGAGUGAGGAGAGUUACAACGUCACUGAGUACUCCCUGCGGGAGCAGCUGCUGGUGGUGCCGUGUGACGGGGAGGAACCCGGCUCCUCUCCCGGGAAGAACGCGGCAGGGAUGCUCCACUCUGCACGGAAUUCUGCGUCCCACCUCUUCAGGCUCGUGCUCCUCAGCAACCACGCCGGGGACAGGGUGGAGAUGCUCCUGGGAGCAGAGACUCAGAGUGACAGAGCCCGCUGGAUCACGGCACUGGGCCAGGACAGCGACGGGCACCACACGGACAGGACCACACUGGCUCAGGUGGAGAUCAUCAGAACGUACACAGCCAAGCAGGCUGAUGAACUCUCUCUCCAAGUCGCUGAUGUCGUUUUGGUUUAUCAAAAAGUGAAUGAUGGCUGGUACGAGGGGGAGCGGCUGCGGGACGGCCAGAGGGGCUGGUUCCCCUCAGAGUGUGCCAAGGAGAUCACCUGCAGGGCCACCCUGGACAAGAACAUGGAGCGCAUGGGGCGCCUGCUGGGGCUGGAAACCAACGUGUAGCCUUAUCCUCGCCCCGCACCCUGGAGGCUGCACCAGCUGCCGUGGGCUCCGGCUGGGACAAGGGACACCAGAGCCACAAUCCAGCAGCAGCACACUGGAGACUCACGAUCCCUUCUCUGCUGGCAUUCUGAGAGCUCCAGACUGAACCCUGCCUCCACCAGGAGCACACUACAGCAGUGUCUUGGGCACUCUUUGUAGCUCCUCCAUCACUGCCUCCUUACACUCUUGCUCCAUCUGGUUUUGAGCAUCUGAACUUGUUUUCAGCAGAACUCUGUAGGGGACUGGGUCCCCUGCCCCCACACCCAGAGCUGGUGGUAAACAGCAGUGCUGGGUGUCCUGCUCCUAAGGAGCUGCAGUGCUACAGCCCCAGCCACUGUGUUGCAGGACACUUCCCCUUGUGUCAGCACCUGAACUCGACUGACCAGCUCUGUACUUUGUAAAGGCUGACCUACCUCUCCAGUGCAAAUCCAGGGAUGUCCCGCCUGUCACAGGCAGAGCUGGCACAACCUCAACAAGGAAUCCAGAGCUAUGCCUCCAGUGGGGGUGGUCUCUGAUAGCAUGAAGCUGCUCAGCCUGGCUCCAGGUUCUGUGGGCAAAGGAUUUCUGAAAGCAAGAACAAGGUACCACACUGUGCAGAGUAGGUGCUGCUGAUCCAUCCUAGCACAGGUGUUUUACUGCAGAAUAGCUGCUGCAAGUGGGGGCAGUUGUUUCUGGUUUCCUCAGGAAUCUAAGGAGGUCUUGCACUUCACUUAGUGUUUCACAGCAGGGGUGUGAUGAGGAGAACGUGAAAUGCACUCACUGCUCUGGGAACAAAUGUACUCAAGUGUGAACAGAGUUCAGAGCAGGUGUCUGGAGAGAGGUGUGAGUGUUUGUACGAUACAAAGCCUCCCUUUAAAGGACCAGCUGCUGACGCAGCAGUGUGGAAAUUGCUCACUAGAAAUGAGGGGACAACUUGUAGUACCAAGGCUUUCUUCUUUUCCCAUCCUCUGUGAAGAGGAUGGAUGCUGGUUUUUAUCCUGCAAGAUGCUGGUUUGAGUGGUGAGUGAAUUGGGUGUAAAGAUGUGUAUCUCUAACAAUUUACACUACAGUAGGAAGGCAAUAAUUUUGUACAGAAAUACUUACCUGGACAGUGGUUAUACAGCCUUGCAAAUUAAUUUAUAAGCGGACUGAUAACAUAAU